GAUCAAAUCAUCAAACGAAAGUUGGGGUAAUUAUAUAAAUAAAAAUUAAUUUUUUUCCAAAUCAGAAGUCAAUAAUGCGAACAUAGUGAUGAACCUGUAUGAAAGCGACUGGGAGGGAUCCGUAUCUGCCCACUGGCGCCCCCGGAACGCCGUCCUCCUCUCCGCCCGGCAACAGCGUUAAACCCUGAAACAGCGGAGUAUACAUGCCGCCCAAACCUGAGUCCGCUUCAAAGUCAAACCCAUACUUCAAACCCGGCUCCGUCGUCGAGGUAAGCUCCGACGAUGAAGGAUUUCGCGGAUCUUGGUUUGUUGGCACCAUUGUUGGCCGCUGCACUUCCAAGAAAAACCAGAGCAAAUUCUUGGUGGAGUAUAAAACCAUCAUGGCCGACGAGAAGGGUUCCAAACCCCUGAGAGAGAUGCUGGACCUUCACCAGCUUCGGCCCCUCGCCCCAAGGGAGACUGACCGCCGAUUCAAGUUCGGCGAGGAGGUCGAUGCAUACCACAAUGAUGGCUGGUGGGAAGGCUCCAUAACCGAAGAAUUGGGAAACGGGAGGUUCGCGGUGUAUUUCAGGCCCUCCAAGGAGCAGAUUGAGUUCGGGAAGGAAGACCUUAGGCUCCAUCGUGAGUGGGUCAAUGGGAAUUGGGUCCCUCCAUUGGAAGAACCGUCCGAGGAAAAACUCUUAAUCGAAUGGCAGAAAAUUUUGGCAAACGAUGUGAAGGCUAGUGAAGAAACAGUGACGGACAUGUUUAGCAAGGGGACACUAGUUGAGGUUAGCAGUGACGAGGAAGGUUUCGAAGGAGCUUGGUUUGCUGCUACUGUUGUUGAACCAAAGGGAAAGGAUAAGUUUCUGGUUGAGUACCUGAACCUACGGACUGAUGACGAUUCGGAGUUCUUGAGAGAGGAAAUUGAUAUGUUACAUAUUCGGCCUCAUCCACCGGAACAUGUUUUUGAUCAGUUUAAUCUUCUUCAAGAAGUUGAUGCUUUGUACAAUGAUGGAUGGUGGGUUGGAGUGAUUUCCAAAGUUCUUAGCAACUCAAGAUACGUAGUCUACUUCAGGAACACCAAUGAAGAAUUAGAGUUUCCGCACUCCGAGUUAAGGCUACAUCAGGACUGGAUCAGCGGAAAAUGGGUCAUUGCUUCUAAGGCAUUGAAGUUGUAGACGCUGUAGAAAGGAGAUCUGUGAAAGGAAACUAGUGUUAAGGACUUCCGGUCUGGUGAUUCGUCAAGGUUGCAGCUAACUGCAGUGGCAGGGAUGAAGUUUCACUUGCGGUCUUGCAAAUAUAGGUAGUGAAGAAUAUAGAGACAAAGGAAACUUGUUACUUUUCAGGUUAAAA